AUGGGAUCAGAGCUGGCGCUAAAGAAAGAAAGGCAUGAAAAGAUGGUUGAAGCCGAUAGAAAACGCGAGAUCAUCAGGCAGGUCUACACGAACCCUAGGACAGGUUUCGGGAACCUAGAUCAAACUCUGCGGCAGGCUAGAGCUCGCGAUCAAACAAUCAGCCGAGGCGAUGUGCGUCUGUUCCUUAACGACCUGAUAGUGCGUCAAGACAGACCCGAACGAGGGCAAAACGGGUUCGUGCCUCCAGAGCCGAUGUUUCAGCUGCAAGUGGACCUCGCCGAUAUGACCGCCUUCGCCCAAGGCCCGUAUAAGUACAUGCUAGUAGCGAUUGACACUUUCAGCAAGAAGCUCACAGCGAUCCCCUUGGCCAACAAAGAUGCCGCCUCAGCAUCCAGAGCGUGGGAUCAAGUCGUCAAGGAUCUCGGCAUACCACUCACCGUCUACAGUGAUGACGGUAGCGAAUUUAAGCAUGAAUUCAAACAGAAACUUGACUACUUCUCUAUCGACAAAGCUUUCGGAAGGGGUGGGCAAAAGGAUCCAGAGACGGCUGACAAGGCCUUGGCCAGGAUGAAACGCAACGUCAAGAUGAACGCCGGAGCGAGGCCUCAAAUCGCCGUGGGAGAUCUCGUUAGGGUCAGGGUCAAGCCUAUCGAAAGCAGGGACUCUUACAGGGUUACGGAAGUAGCGUGGAGCGAGCGGGUUUACACAGUCGCCAGAAUCGAAAAUACAGACGGCGGGCCCUACUUUUUCCUCGAGGACUGGGCCGGAGAUCAGUUGGUUCGACGAGACCUCAGGAAGGUGGACUCAGAGGAUUAG